AUGUUCCUGACACGUACCGCCGCCUCCCUAUCUGCCGCCACUACUGGCCAGCUCCAGUGCCUUCAUGAUCGAUGGCGUUGCCAGCUUUCCAGGACCCACACAUUUCACUGUCAGGACUCCUGCACCGUCACGGUUCUGUUACCUUCUGCAUAUCUUGUAACCCUUCCGCACCUCACAUUCACCCUCUACAAUUUUAUAGACUUGUCGUUCACUAAGGAAGUCAUGGACAAAGUCACUUUACUUCGUGCGAAAGUCGACAGACUGCUUGAACCACUAGGUCCGUCGAGCCUCGACUCACAACUACAACGCGCAGCUAGACCACUUCUAAAGCUCGACAAGAUCAAGACACAUCAACGGUCGCCUUCGACCAUAUCCAACACAAAUUCAGACAGCUUUAUCGACAUUCCUUCCUCUCGACUCCGGCAGCGAUAUCCCGAAAGACACGACAAAGAUGGGUAUUGUCUCGCCUUCACAACUCACAGAGGAGUGCAAAACAACUCCCAGACAUCCAUGAUGGCUUGGGACCUCCCUAAGGGUACCGGCCGUGCUCGGUGUUUCUUCACCUUCCUCUGCAAAUUUGCUUCAAGCUUCCUGAUCUCGGGGAAUUAUGGCAGGAAGUGA